ACAAACCUCAUUUGCAUAACAAAAAAAAAAAUGGCGUUUGCGAUAUCGAAGCGAGACGCAAUCGCGUUUCUUGUAACGCUACUACUAGUCUCGGUUCCAUUGUCUACCUCCACGCUACAAAAAGAUUUCAUGCAGUGCCUCGUCGACAACUCCGACAUCUCUUUCCCCAUCACGGCGUCGUUUUACUCACCGGACCAAAACGCUACUUUGUUCAAAGAGGAGCUUGAGUCCACGGCACAGAACCUCCGGUACUUGACGCCGUCGAACCCGAAGCCUGUCUUCAUAUUCGAGCCUUUAUACGAGACCCACGUGCAAGCAGCGGUCGUGUGUGCCAAGAAGCUCCAGCUUCACCUCAGGCUACGUAGCGGAGGCCACGACUACGAAGGGCUCUCGUUCGUGGCCGAGGGCGAGACACCUUUUGUGGUCGUCGAUUUGUCGAAGCUUAGACAGGUCGACGUAGAUUUGGACAGUAACAGCGCGUGGGCUCACGCCGGUGCUACCAUCGGAGAGGUUUAUUACAGGAUUCAGGAAAAAAGCCAAACCCAUGGUUUUCCGGCGGGUUUAUGCUCGAGCCUUGGCAUCGGCGGCCACUUAGUCGGCGGAGCUUACGGUUCCAUGAUGCGAAAAUUCGGUCUCGGUGCUGACAAUGUCCUCGACGCAAGAAUCGUCGACGCCAACGGCCAGAUUCUUGAUCGUGCGGCGAUGGGAGAAGACGUUUUCUGGGCGAUCCGCGGCGGUGGUGGUGGUAGUUUUGGCGUGAUCCUCGCUUGGAAGAUCAAGCUCGUCCCUGUUCCAGCCACCGUGACGGUAUUCACAGUAACGAAGACGCUUGAGCAAGACGGGACUAAUGUGUUGUACAAAUGGCAACAAGUCGCUGAUAAGCUUGACGAUGAUCUUUUCAUCCGUGUCAUUAUUUCGCCGGCGAGCAAAACCACCAAACCGGGAAAUCGAACCAUCUCCAUGUCGUACCAAGCUCAGUUUCUCGGCGACUCUAAUCGGCUCAUGCAGGUGAUGCAGAAGAGUUUCCCUGAGCUAGGACUGACGAAUAAGGACUGCACUGAGAUGAGCUGGAUCAAAUCAGUGAUGUACAUUGCGGGAUUCCCAAACAGUGCAGCACCAGAAGCUUUACUAGCCGGAAAGUCAUUGUUCAAGAAUCACUUCAAAGCCAAGUCAGACUUUGUGAAAGAGCCAAUUCCAGUAGAAGGCUUAGAAGGAUUAUGGAAGAGGUUUUUAGUAGAGGAUUCACCUUUGACGAUUUGGAACCCUUACGGAGGAAUGAUGUCGAGGAUCUCCGAGUCAGAGAUACCUUUCCCUCACAGGAACGGGACGUUGUUCAAGAUUCAGUGGUUGAGCACGUGGCAAGAUGGGAAAGUGAGCGAGGCCAAGCAUAUGACGUGGAUCAGGGAAAUGUAUAGUUACAUGGAGCAGUAUGUAUCGAAGAGCCCGAGACAGGCGUAUGUGAAUUACAGGGAUCUUGAUUUGGGGACUAAUGAGGAAGGGAGUGAUGCUAGAGAGUGGGGGGCUAAGUAUUACAAAGGGAACUUUGAGAGGUUGGUGAAGAUCAAGGGUGAGUUUGAUCCUGAUAAUUUCUUCAGGCAUGAACAAAGUGUUCCUACAAAGAUUGGUUGAUGUAUUUUGAACUUCCUUGGUCAAUGGGUUUGAAGUUUUAACUUUUAAUAAAGAACAUAGAUAUCAUAUGGA